AUGGGACGGAUGCCAGGAGAUUCACGUCAUGCAGAAGAAGAUCGGAGUAUGAAGAGGUCUGGAGAGAAGUAUAGGAAGAGAAAAAAAAAAGGCCCAGAAAGGAUGUCUACCGGAGCACCUGAACGCCUUGGUAUAUAUCGUGAUGCCGACAAGGAAAUGGAAGAGCCAGAAGAGAAACGGAUCGAGAGAGAGAGAGACAGGUGGGAAAGGAAAGGAAGAGGUAGUAUUGGUAUCAAGAUGGAAAAUGAGUCGGUCAAGAGGGUUUGGGUAGAAGAAGAGUCGGCCGUUAAUUAA